ACCAGAAAGACCAUAACUACUAUGGGAGUAGGAGGAAAGAUAAAUAGUGAACCUGUAUCCGCCGAGGUACAGUGUGAGCUAGAUGACUUCAAAUUCAGACACAGUUUCAUAAUCUCCAUGUGUUGCCCUGUGAACCUGUUAGCGAGAGAUUUAAUGUGUAAGUUGGGAAUGAAUCUGACCAGUGGGCCUGAAGGCCUGUCAGUACAAACACAAACAGAAGUACCCAUACAGGGGGUACAGAAGGGUAUAGGAGAACCAUUAUAUGUAUAUGAAUGGGCGAUCAGACCAACACAUGGAAGAUUAGCGGACGAAAUGAUAAAACAAGCACAGGAACAGUCCAAAUGUUUUGGGUCAGAGCUAGAAUGGAUGCAGCCUGAUCAACUGCAUACCACCACUCAUGUAAAUGAGGGCAGAGAUAGACUAUUUGAAAAGGAUUUUUUUAAACAGAAUUCUUUAGAAACAAUCCGCACAGAAUACAUCUAUGUAGGAGAAAAAUAUGCAGCAGCCUCAGUGCAGCUAAACACGGAACAGAAACAGCUGUUCUCAGUAUAUAACUCAGUUCCCCAUAUCUCGCUGGGGAAAGCACAAUGCAAACAGUAUGAGGAAGUAGGGCCGUGGUUGCGGUUAACCCUUAGACUUUCAGAUUGGGAGCCCACAUCGGUUGAUGAGUGGCAAUACAGUAAAAGAGCGAACGUAUAUCGCCUCAGAGCACCAACCACAUUCUUAGUGCAGCGAAUAUUGACCCUGGCUGAGGAUCCGUCGAUCACCAUGCCAGCAAUCUCUUCCCCUCUGCCCCCACCACUGCAGGGCAUACCCGAGGCGCUGUGGGCAAAGGGAAAGAAUGAUGUAGGGCUGAUAAAAAAUUGUGCUCCCAUCACUAUAACACCUAAAGGGAAUUAUAGACCAAGACAGAAACAAUACCCAUUAAGGAAGGAAGCCUUAGAAGGCAUUCGACCAGUUAUGGAAGCACUAAAGGAGACAGGGGUUAUAGUGCCUUGUCCAUCUUCCCCUGUAAGAACACCUAUUUUUCCAGUCAAAAAGGCAGGAGGGGGGUGGAGAUUUGUUCAGGAUUUACAAGCAGUUAAUUCAGUUGUGCAUGCGAGAGCUCCUGCAGUGCCAAACCCACAUACUAUUUUGUCAGGUGUUCCACAAAACACCAAAUACUAUACAGUAGUGGACUUGGCAAAUGCCUUUUUCAGUGUUCCAGUACAUCCUGAUAGCCAGUAUUGGUUUGCAUUUGAAUUUGACGAACAACUGUUCACAUUUACAAGAUUGUGCCAAGGUUACUGUGAGUCGCCCACAAUUUACAAUCAAGCACUAAAACAAAGUCUUGAAAGCCUCACAAUGCCAGAGGGGGUGACCUUACUCUCUUUUGUAGAUGACCUUCUUAUAGCCGCGCCCACCAAAGAGGCGUGUACAGAAGCAACGACUAAACUCCUCAAACAUUUAGCUCAGGAGGGACAUAAAGCCUCUCUUGAAAAACUCCAAUUCUGUAAAGAGGAAGUUACCUUUUUAGGGCACAUCCUCAAGGGUGCAACGCACACACUCUCAACAGACAGAGCUGAGGCUAUUGCCAAAAUACCUAAGCCACAAACAAAAAAACAAAUGUUGUCAUUUUUAGGAACUGCAUCUUACUGUAGAGCGUUUAUUCCAUCCUAUGCAAACAUUGAAGCACCAUUAAGGGGUUUAAUACCCACUAAGGGUCACAAUAACUCCACCCUAGAAUGGACUGAACAGGCAGAAGAGGCAUUUGUCAACCUAAAAUUAGAACUACAAAGCUUUCCUGUCUUAGGCAUCCCUGAUCCAACCAAACCAUAUCAACAAAUGGUAGAUGAAAAAGACGGUUAUAUGUCAUCUGUACUGUGCCAACAACACGGGCCGUACAAACGUCCGAUAGCAUAUUUCUCAGCAAAAUUAGAUGCAGUAGCGCAAGGCCUACCAGCUUGCCUCAGAGCCAUAGCGGCUGCAGAAAAUGCUGUUACAGCUUCUCGUGACAUAGUGGCAUACUCUGAUCUCACUCUGUUUGUACCUCAUGCAGUACACAGAAUUUUAGAGGAUCAAAGAACCUCACACCUGUCAGCGCAGCGCUGGCUGAGAUACCACACCACGCUUUUAGAUAUGCCUAAUGUUACAGUAAAAAGGUGCACCACGCUUAACCCAGCUUCUUUGCUUCCAACAGAGGCGGAUGGAGAACCACACGAUUGUGUGGCAAUUCUCACACACACAUGUACACCUCGUGCUGAUCUGCAAGAUGAACCUCUCCCUAAUGCUGAUUUUACUCUUUUUGUAGAUGGCUCAGCUUGCAGGAAUGAAAAGGGGGUGAACCAGGUUGGAUGUGCGGUAGUAACGCUAACAGAUACAUUAGUCUCCAAAUCAUUACCUUCACACUACUCAGCACAAGCUGCUGAGUUAGUAGCACUCACAGAAGCCUGUAAAAUAGCAGCUAACAAGACAGCAAAUAUUUACACAGACUCCAGGUACGCCUGGGGCGUGGCUACAGAUUUUGGGGCCAUCUGGAAACACAGGAAAUUCCUAACCUCCAGUGGUACACCCAUAAAACAUCACCAAUUGGUGGCAGAACUCUUAGAAGCAAUCCUUUUGCCAAAACAAUUAGCCAUUAUCAAAUGUGCAGCACACAAAAGAGGCACUGAUGACGUAAUUAUAGGGAAUACAAAAGCUGAUUUUGCAGCAAAAAAAGCUGCAAAAAAGACGCACAUCCUGGCUGCCUCCACCCCCGUAACCACAACCACUUCCCUUGCAGAAAUACAGAGCUCCGCUACAGAUGCAGAAAAGAGAAAGUGGAAGGCAUCUCACUGCACACUCACACCUACUGGCUGGCUGCACACAGUGACCCAAAAACCUUGUCUCCCUCUUGCAUAUGCUAAAGGUUUAAUUAAAAUUGUACAUGGGCGAAGCCACAUGUCCAAAGGAGGGAUUGUGUCCAGUAUACAAAAACACUGGUAUGCUCCAGGCCUCUCAACGCUCACUAAAAAUUUUUGCUCCUCCUGUCUUGUAAAGGCGAUACUGCCGAGUCCAGCUGACCAGUACCUACAUCCCUUCAAGCCAGGAGACUGGGUGCUGAUCAAAGACCUUCGCAGACGACACUGGAAAGAACCGAGGUGGCGAGGACCAUUCCAGGUGCUGCUGACAACGUACACAGCAGUAAAGACGGAGGGAAGAGGAACCUGGGUACACCACACCCACUGUAAAAAGGCACCAACAGAAGAUCAACACCCACACCACCGAGCAAGGCGCAGUAGCACCCCAGUGGAAGGAGUUGUUCUCCACACCUGGGAAGGCCAAGUGUGGGUAACAGCAUCAACGGGUGUCCCUAACCGAUACAGAAUCUGGGCCAGCGGAGCAAAGGUAUGGCAGGGAAUUUUCCCUUGGGUGGGCAUAGGAGAAGUGCGAGAUCACGUGGAAAUUAAUAGAUAUGCCCUCAUGAGAUUAAUCAACACCACUAAAGACCUGGGAGGAGGAAUCAGACAAGAAUUGAACGCCAUGAGAAACAUGGUGCUUCAAAACAGACUCGUCCUUGACCAAAUGGCUGCAGCAUCCGGUGGAGUAUGCAAAAUGAUAGGAACAACAUGUUGCACCUUCAUACCCCAUGGAGGCGGAGAUGCAGGCGCCAUCACCGCAGCCCUGCAUAAUCUGACUGAACUGGCUGACUACGUGGAAAGCGUAACGAAAGGAAGCGACAGUGACUGGUUUGUUCCUCCUUCAUUCUCAACCGUAUCCUCAAGAUACAAGCUGUUCAGGUUUACCAACAACUUCGUGCCCGAGACACAGGCGCAUAUGAUGAUUUAA